UGGACUGAGUCCCGGUCCACUGGCAAUAGACUCGGAGCUUAUACUGAACACUACAACUCGGAAAUUGAAUACUUCUUCAAGAAGCAGGUGCUCUGUGGGCCCGAAUCGAGUGAUAGUCGAGAAGUAUUAUCCGAAGGACACCACGAAUUCUUGUUUGUAUUUCAGCUGCCGAACGGAGGAAUCUCCACAUCAUUUGAGGGGAAAUAUGGAAACGUUAGGUAUUGGCUGAAAGCGGAGGUGGAGAAGCCGUGGGGGUUCAACCAUAAGACCAAAAAAGCAUUUACUGUCAUCAGUCCCAUCGAUAUUAAUAGACGAGAAUAUUUGAUUCCAGUGGAGAAUAGUAUUGAAAAAUCAUUGUGUUGUCUGUGCUGUACGUCGGGGCCCAUACACCUCUACGCCAGGACUGAUAGGACGGGUUAUUGUCCCGGCGAAUCCAUAUCAAUAACGGCUGAGUUUGAGAACCACUCGCGACGGGCGAUCAUACCUCACGCCACGCUAUACCAGUCGCAGACAUUCCUGGCCAGCGGUAAAUCCCGGUGCCGUCGCUUCAAGUUUACAAUAGUGACGGGUCUGGCGAUACAGCCACGACGGACGGCCAACUGGGACUCACAACUGCUGAAAAUACCGGCCGUUUCGCCGUCUAUUGUCAACUGUUCGCUCAUUAAAGUGGAAUAUGCCGUCAGAAUCACGUUACAGAUACCCCUCAUCGCAUACAAUCUGUCCGUUUACUUACCCAUCGUCGUGGGCACAGUACCCCUCAGGGCACACAACUCCCAGUAUAGAAACCCACUGAUGAGGCCAUCGGAAGCCCGCAUCACUUUCUACCCGCCGGUGCCCUCGUAUUCGGCGCUAGAGUUGGACGAGACGGGUUAUUGUCCCGAUAUUGGGGACGACGAGGACGGGGACAUCAUAGGAGACACACGAUUCACACCAAUGUAUGCCUACGUUCACAACUAUAGUCCAGCGCUGCCUCCACCCGCAUAUUCUGAGUACGUAAGACACGGACACAUCCGCGUCGGACCCGAUGGGGUGACAGAUCGGGCAUCCGGUGAGAAAUCACGAGGACUUCAUCUCAUGGACCGA